AUGAUGAUCAAAUGUGGUUUUUGGGAUAUUUUAAAUAAUAAUAAUUUAACUGUCGAGGCUAAAUCCAAUGCUGGUCGUGCAUUAGGCUUAAUUUGUCUUGUUUAUAAUUUCCCAUUGACUGUAUUAAAGAAUUAUAAUUUUGGUGAUAACAGCGAAGGGAAUAUUGCAUUUUUACAGCAUACAAUUAUGGAAUUAUGCACUGGUGAAUAUCAAAAUGUUUUAGGUAAAUUCAUGCAAUUAUCAACGUAUACAAGACUUUGUCGAAAUUGUCGAAUAUUUAUGCGUAAACAUUUGAUCAAUAAUAAUACAACCAAUGAGAAAUUUGACUCAAAUCUUAAAGCUAUUGUCACGAAACUUGUUUCAGAUAUGCGUGAAACAGAAACAUUUUAA